UGACAUAUAUAAUUGGAUAAUAAAUUUAUCUUCAUAUAGUGUUGAACUUCCAAUAACCUCUAAAUCACUAGUACUGAAAAUCUAAUGAUACCAGCAGUCUUUCUUACCGUAAUUAAAUAUUAUUUAAGCUAUGUACAAUAUUUUGACAAACUACAGCUUAAACAAAAUUAUAAAUAAAAAAGAUGUCGACUAAACUAUCUUACCAAUAAGAAAAUUGUAAUAAGUUCUGAACUUGUAAUUGUAAAAAAAAAUAAUUAAUAAAAAUUACUAGAGAAACAGCCGUCUGUAAGUUAUUGAAAUUUAUGAAAUCGUUCUUGCAAUGAUUAAACUCAUGAAUGAACUAUAUAGGCUAGGAUAGCUUAACUGGAAGACCACUCGGUACGUAAUCAAAAUGGUCUGGGUUCGACUCCCAGUUCAGACCGUCGUUAUUUUUCUCAAUUUAUCUAUAAGCUUUUCAUUGAGAAGAUUUUUUCCUUACCCUGUCCCAUCCCCUCCUAUCCUAAUUCUUCUUCGUCAUAACACGAAAGUGUGGAAUGCUUCAUAUAUAUAUUUUCAUAUAUGUGUGUAAGUUACCUUGACUUAGGUUUCAUUUUAAUAAUCAAAAAAUAAUUUAAUUUUCUUGAAACUAUAUUGUAGUUGAGAAUAUUUAUCAUUAGACUUAGGCUUAGUUACAAAUCGAAAUGAAUAUGAAUCAUAAUUCAGAUGCUCGAAUUUUGAUGCCAGAUUCUAAACCUACUGGUUCAAGUGUAGACCAAAAUCCGUAUGUGAAUGAAUUAAUUUAUCAUAAAUCAACAUUAAAAACGCAUAAUGCCCAUCUUAAAAAGCUCAAAAAGCUCAAUAUCGAUCCUUUGUCUCUGACAGACAACAGUAUUUUGAAUAAAUUGAUGGAUAUUAAAAAAUCAGGAUCUAACGGAAAAGAGCUUUCAAUUCAUUACAUAAACGGAAUUUACGCCACCAUAAAACGCAUCCAACCGUCUUUGACAAAAUCACGUCGUGAUUUAGGACUCAGGUCGAAAAAUUCCGGAAAGUCAACUAAACGUACUACAGAUGUAUUUAUUGGCACGAAAAAUUUGUUGACUACGAUUGUAGAAGAUGUGAAACGUCUGAAUACUGCAGAAUCUUAUAAAGCAGAAUCAAGACGGAUAAUCGACACUAAAAUCGCAAUUGUGUUGACUUUAUUAACGAACUUGAGAUCAAGUGAAUUAUUACAAUUACAAAUAAAACAUAUUGAUUUGAUAAAAAGAGAGCUUCCAUUGUCUAUACGGACGAAACAUCGUAAUACGUCAAUUAAAAUUUUGAAGAUGGCUAAAUUAUUUGAUGUUCUAUACCCUAAAGUCAUCAAAAUGGCUUUAAGUCGGAAUGGCUUAUACACGAAAUCAUUGGAUACUGAUUUUGAAAAUCAGAUAAAAAACAAUCCAGUAAUUCAGAAUACAUUUUUAGUCUCAUGUAAAAUUGAUACAAUUAAUAAAGUCAUGCGUCAGAUUUAUGAGAAAGUAAACGGUCAGCAACCUUCCAUGGCUUUGGGUCUAAAAUCGAUUCGCUCUCUAAAUACGACUAUUAUGAUUAACCAUAAAGAACUAUUAUUAGCUCAAACACUAAAUAGACACAAAGACGUUAAUGUUACUCUUAAACAUUACAAUUGUUCGAGUUUCGAAGAAAAAAUAGCUGGUGCAUACUAGAAAUAACUUAAUGUGUCCUUUCUGUUGUCUUUUAACGAA